AUGAAAGACACGGAACGCCGACCACGUGUCAAUGCGCUUCUUUCCAUGAAUCAAGACUUCUUUAUCAAGAGCCAAAGAGGUUGCAAGGCCGACUGCGCCGAGCUGGAUCAGCAGCUGACGGACGCCUUCACCGAGAAGGAGACCAUGGAGCGCCAGGCCGCUAGCUGUGUGUCCAAGCUGAACACUGCACAACGCCUGGUCUCGGGACUUGCAGAUGAGAACGAACGCUGGGCCAACACGGUGGUGGACCUUCGUGAUCUGUCCCUCCGUCUCAUAGGCAACUGCAUGCUGGCAAGUGCCUUCGUCGGCUACGCUUCUCCUUUCUCAGCCCGCCUUCGCCAGGACUUGUGGCAACAAGUUUGGACCGCAGACCUGAAGCAACGAGAGAUCCCGAUGACGAACGGGAUUGAUCCGCUCACAGUCCUUGCCAGUGAUGCAGAUGUAGCUGGUUGGAUGAACGAGGGCUUGCCUGCUGAUCGGGUUUCUGUGGAGAAUGCUUCGGUGGUGACAAGCUGCUCACGAUGGCCUUUGCUCGUGGAUCCUCAACAACAAGGGGCGAGGUGGAUCAAACAGCGGAUCGGCGAGGAGUUGACCGUAAUCCAACUCUCGAAUUCCAAAUGGUUGGACAAGGUGAUUUUCUGCGUGCAGACGGGCAGUCAACUUCUCAUUGAGGCCUUGCAAGAUGAGAUUGAUGCAAUCCUUGAGCCACUUCUCUCCCGAGCUGUCAUCAAGAGAGGGCGUGGCCCCAUGUUCUUGAAGUUGGGACCAGAUGAGAUUGAAUAUGACAGCAAGUUUCAGCUCUACUUACAGUCCAAGCUGCCGAAUCCGCACUUCCGGCCGGAGGUCUCAGCUCAGUGCACUGUGGUGAAUUUUAUUGUGACCCCCGAGGGUCUCGAGGAGCAGAUCCUAGCCUUGGUGGUGAACUGUGAAAAGCCACAACUGGAAGAAGAGAAACAGAUCCUGGUGCGACGCCAGAAUGAGUUCAAGGUGAUUCUCAGCCGCCUUGAAGAUGAGCUACUGUCGCAACUCUCUGCGGCAGAUCCAGACACCAUCCUGGACAACAUACCUUUGAUAGAGGGCCUGGAAAAGACCAAGCACACGAGCCGAGAAAUUGCGCUUCAAGUCGCCGAGGCUGAGAAGACGGAGGUUGAAAUCAAUCAUUCACGAGAGCUCUAUCGCUCGGUGGCUUCCGAAGGCUCUAUGCUUUUCUUUCUGGUUGUGGAGCUCUCUACAGUUCAGCACAUGUACCAAUACUCCUUGGACGCCUUCAACACUUUCUUGCAAAAGGCCAUUGAUCGGACUCAGGUGCGACGGACACGCCUUGCAUUGACGUUGCAAGUGUUUCGACGUUGCAUUGCAGAAAGGGAUAUUCCAACCCGUCCUGGUUUCCAGGAGACAGAUGAUGUCAAAGAGCGCACCGAGCGUUUGAUUGCCUCCAUCCGGCUCACCAUUUUUCGAUGGGUCUGUCACUGA